CAAAAGCGUCAUAAAAUGCGUUGGACUUGGCUGACAUACUUGGCGGUGUUCACCCUAAGCUUUUGCCACCAGAAGACUCUGGCCUCUCUCACAGUGUCGCAGAAGGAAAUACGCGCCGGCGACUCGUACAAUGUCACCUGCCGCUGGGACAACGCGUCGGUGAGCCCUGAGAAUAUUAAGAUCGAGGUGGCAAGGCGACGCCACGGCAUCGGCAGCCGAAAUGCGACGGCCACAACAGUCGUGGAUAGCGUGGCAAAUGCAACAGUUGGCCAAUGGCACUACGAAUGCUUGUGGAAUGGGCGGACACUCGCGUGGCUGCAGGUUCCGGUGGGGGCGCGACUGCAGGUGGAAGACUUUGAGUGCCGCAUCAAUCUCUAUGACGCCACCAUGACGACCAAUUGCAGCUUCAGCAAGCCGAAUGGCGGCCAUCUGGACGCGAUUGAUGCCUCGUUUUAUCUGCGGGUAAACGGACUGCCGCCAGUGCAGUGCACGGACUAUCCGCAUAAUGCCACCAGGAUGCUGUGCAGCAUUGAUCCGGGCGUGAUGCCAAAGACAAGGUUUGAGCCGAGCCACAACUACACGCUGAUCAUGAGCGACCAAGUGGGCAAUCAGACGCAACAUUUCAGUCGCACACAGGCCCAAGAGCGCGUCCUCGACUGGCCCAACAAGGAGCAGCCGCUCGUUCGGUCGGGCAACUAUCAUUGCUUGACUUGGCAAAAGUCCCUGUGGUCGGAGUACUACUACCAGAACGGAUCGAUUGACUGGCAUGUGCGUGUGAUUCCCCUGAACGCGGCCAUACCAGAGACCGAAAGUCCCCCCUACGAGGUGCGCUACUGCGGCACAACCUGUGAGCAAUUUUGCCUGCAUACGCCGCCCCAUCCGAACCAGCAGUUUGAGCUGCGGCUGCGACGCCGCUUCAACCUGUCGGAGGCGCCGUGGAGUGAGACGAUAAAGCGUCAGUUGUUGGUGCCCCAAGCUAUACCCAGCAGGCCGCCGCGACUCCUGCCGAAUGGCUUCUUUCUCGAUCCCAGGUCCCGGGGACUGUACAUCUUCUGGGAGCCGCUGCUGUCGUUGGAGCACAACGCUCCCAAUCUCACCUACAGCCUCACAGCCAGCGACGGCUUCGCGAGAAAGCAGGCGAGUCCCAUUGGCCGGAACUUUGCCGUCUUUCCCCAGUGGGACGACUCCAGGGACUCGACCAUAUCCGUGUACAGUGAAAACUCCGAGGGAAGGUCGCUGAAUGGCAGCGAUCUGUAUGUGCCCAUAAUGGACGGUGGCGAGGAUCGACAGCCGCAGGCCCUCAAGUACGACAAGACAAGCCACACCCUGAGCUGGAAGGCGCCAGAGAUGAGCUCCGGCCUGCUGCACUACACCGUCUACUGGUGCUCCCCCGUCAAUGAUACACAAAAGAUUUGUGACGAUUCGCAGGCCAUGCAACUGCUGCAGCUGGAGGAUGCUGCCCGGCAGGAGCAUCGCUUCGGUAGAUCCAUGGAGCUGAUCAAUUUGGGCGUGGCGGCCACUUAUCGCGACAAAGCGGACAGCGGCGGCAUGACGUGGCUGAGGGUGGGACUGCCCACAGAGGCUGACCCAGGCAGGAGCCGGUAUCUGGAGGGCAUUGUUGCCCUGAUCGUGCUCUGCCUCAUCUUCAUCUCGUACCGAAAACUUCACAGAUGUUCGGGCAUUGGCAUUGAGUUCCCCAAUGGCGUCUGCCCAAUGGCAGAUGGUGAUGAUGGUACAGCAGACCCCAAAGACACAACCCAAGAGACGAGUUCGGGGAUACAACUGGUGGUAAUGAAACAACCCAAAGAGCACACCAAAGCGUUUGGCAAGCCGUUGCCAGUGACUGGCACUGUUAAACCUUGGAUUGCCCUUGCAGGCACACUGCCUGCCGCUGUGGUGAAAGCUGAGACAAGCCAGAUGACAGAUGUAAGUGGGAGAACGGACACGAUAGAUGAUGACAUCACACCCAUUCAUAUGGAGAUUGAGACUGAUACAGACAUAAGGGCAGCAACCACAGAUGGCUACGUCCUCAUGCCAUCCACAAUACCACAAAGGGAGAGGGAGAGGGAGAGUGGAAACGCUGGUGUGCAGGGAUAUAUGCAACUUGGGUUUAAUAAUUUAGAGACCAUGGCCAAUGGCUAUAUGAAGGCUCCAUCUUUCCGAUAGGGAUAGCUGGGACCCGCUGCAGGCGUUUGGGUGAAUGAAUCACUUGCAGCCGAUCGCAGGAAUCG